CGUUCAGUGGAGCGCGUCGCUUCGUACCGCGCUGCGAGCCCUGAAGAGCCCGCGCUCCCCACGCAGACCCACCACUCCUAGGCCCCGACUCCCCGGGCGUCUGGCUGGCAGCAUGGCGGACGACUUGGACAUCGAGGCAAUGCUGGAGGCGCCAUACAAGAAGGAAGACACCAAGACCACGAGUCCCAACGGCGAGGAGGAGCGCUCCAAGAGGAAAAAGCGCAGUCGGGACCGGAAAAAGAGCCGAAGCCGGGAACGGAAAAAGAGCCGCAGCCGGGAACGGAAACGCAGCCGUGAGCGGCGACGGAGCCGCAGCCGGGAGCGCCGCCGCAGCCGGGAGCGAGGAGGACGCUACAGGGACCACCACAAGCACCGCGGGCGCUCCCGGAGCAAGAGUCCCAUCCGCAAGGAGAAGAGUCCGGUCCGGAAAGAGAAGAGUCCGAUCCGACAGCCGAUCGACAACCUGACUCCAGAAGAGCGAGACGCCCGGACCGUCUUCUGCAUGCAGCUGGCCGCCCGGAUCCGCCCCCGAGACCUGGAGGACUUCUUCUCCGCAGUGGGCCAGGUUCGAGACGUGAGGAUGAUCUCAGACAGGAACUCCCGCAGGUCAAAGGGCAUCGCGUACAUCGAGUUUGUGGAGACCGGCUCCGUUCCCCUCGCCAUCGGCUUGACGGGGCAAAGGCUGCUGGGAGUUCCCAUCAUUGUGCAAGCCUCUCAGGCAGAGAAGAACCGAGCAGCAGCUGCAGCCUCCGUCCUGCAGAAAGGCGCCUGCGGCCCGAUGAGGCUCUAUGUGGGAUCACUGCACUUCAACAUCACAGAGGAGAUGCUGCGAGGGAUCUUUGAGCCAUUUGGACGGAUUGAGAGCAUCCAGCUGAUGAUGGACAGUGAGACGGGACGCUCCAAAGGCUACGGCUUCAUCACCUUCGCAGAUGCAGAGUGUGCCAAGAAAGCUUUGGAACAGCUGAACGGCUUCGAACUGGCCGGGCGGCCCAUGAAGGUCGGCCACGUGACGGAACGCGGCGACGCGGCCGCCGCCUCCUCCUUCCUGGACAACGACGAGCUGGAGCGCUCCGGCAUCGACCUGGGAACCACCGGCAGGCUGCAGCUGAUGGCUCGACUGGCUGAGGGUACAGGGCUGCAGAUCCCUCCUGCCGCCCAGCAGGCUCUACAGAUGAGUGGAGCCAUCGCCAUCGGAGCCAUGGCUGCUGUUUCCGCUGCCAUGAAUCCAGCCAUGAACAUGAACUCUGCUCCUCUGAGCCUGCCGUCUCAGCCUCUGGCCACACACUGCUUCCAGCUGUCCAACAUGUUCGUCCCCCACAGUGAGGAGCCUCCUGGAUGGGAAGUGGACAUCCAGCAUGAUGUGAUUGAUGAGUGUAACAAACAUGGAGGAGUCGUUCACAUCUACGUCGACAAGAACUCAGCUGAGGGGAAUGUCUAUGUGAAGUGUCCAUCCAUCCCCGCCGCCAUGGCCGCUGUCAACGCUCUGCAUGGACGCUACUUCGCAGGUAAGAUGAUCACGGCGGCCUACGUUCCUUUGCCGACCUAUCAUAACCUCUUCCCGGAGUCUGUGACGGCCACUCAGCCGCUGGCCCCGCCCCCUCGCCGGUGA